GUCGCUUUUAAAACUUGCAGGAUUCGCAUUCUGGCAAAUCAAAUCAGUAUCUUAUCCUUCGUUGGCAUCUAUAAUCAUCUCAGUCAUGAUACUCCCACGUGCGGAACAAAACUUGAGAGGCGGCGUGGAAGCAGGCCCAAAUUAUGACCCGGCAAAAGUACCAGUGGCUGGGCAAAUCUUCUCUAUCAUCACUGCCAUACUAGUUCAGAUCUUACUUGCCGUAUGUCUGACCCGAUGCUAUGCCACAAUAGCCUCUUGGAGAAAGGCACCUAUUGCCGUGUGGCUCCUUUUGGCUAUCUACAUCGAUUCAUUCCUCUUCGCCUUUGCCUCGACCGUCUUGCGCUUCGGUGUUGGCGUGAAUCAGUCUCUGGCCACGUGCCAAGCAGCGAUCUUGAUAUGUUUGAAAUUUUACCUCAGUACAAAGGUACUGAUCUACUUCUACUUUGUUGAGAAAGCGUAUCUGGUUCGCGGCAGCCGUAAACCACGGCUCAAGACAAGGCUGUACAUCUUCAACCUCACAUUUGCUUUGGGUCCAUAUGUCAUCCUAUGUUGGGUGAAUGUCGCAUGGCGAAUCUAUUACAUCAACAAAGACGGAGUCUGCGUGAUCGGCAUGGAGAAGCCAGUGCUGUGGCCGCUCGUCGCGUACGAGGUCAUCAUUAAUAUUUACCUUACGGUACUGUUCCUACGUCCGUUACGAGAGCUCUACACAUUUCAGAACCAGACGACUUCAAGCCUACGCACGAUGGCUUUACGCACGUUCUUUGGCGUCUGCUUCACGCUCACGACGAGCGUUGCGAAUUUGUCAAUCCUCACUAUCUUGAAUGGCGAGCAGGGCUGGGUUUGUCUGCUGAUAUGCACGUCCGACAUCUUUGUCUCCGUCAUGGUGCUUCACUGGAUCGCCAAGAGCUACGAGACGCGCACCUCCAGCAGAGUCCCUCAAAGCCGCAUCAGAACUCUGAGAAAUGUCACGCCGGCAAGAGUCCAGUCUCCCCAGCCGUCCUUCCACCCCAAUUCACAAGGGUCGCGUUCCGGCGAAAUUGACAAACUAACGUCGAAGAGCGACUGUCCGUGGCAAAACGCGUCCCCCAUUCAGACGAGGAUAAGCACCGGACCCGUCGACACUCCUUCAGAAGACGGGUUCCCGCUAGAUGCGUCGCGCAUUCAUGUGCAGGUAAGACACGAAGUUUUAGAAGAAAACGCUCAGGACGGAAGAUAAAAUUGAGAGAAGCGUGCACAGAAGAUGAGGGUUGAUGUUGUAGAUGAGAAAAAUCACUUUCCACUCAGUAGCGAUACCCUUUCGUAUGUUACAACAAAUAUCUGGUUUACGGGGGCAUCAUUGCUUUUGAUAUGUUCUACCCUAUACGAACCCGAGGCUGAUGGCAGAAUUGAGGCUCAACAUCUCACUGAGCCGUCUACAGGCAACCAUGAUCGUCUGGCAGAAUAAAUGGUCUGUUGUUUUACUCCAAAAACUCGGGUCCUUUGGAGUGCAUAUGCCGAUUCGGUUUUCGUACAUUAAUCAGAGCCAAGAUUCUUAAUCCCAGCGUUGUUUAAGGACUCAUCUAGAUAGG